AUGUCACGACGUAAAACUAAAGGCCAAGUAGAAACAUUAGCUUGGAUAACUGAUGAUGAAGCUGAAUUUUGGACAAGUAUAACACCUUCGAAAAAUAAAAAUCCAUUAGAACCAAGUUCAAAUUUACCGCAAUCAAAAAAAUUUUCAUCUGAAACAAGUCUGCCUGAUGGUCAACAUUUUCAAUAUAAUCAUUUAAUAGAAAAACAAAAUGAAAAUUCGAAACAAACAAAUGAAAUAUUAAAUAACUCUCAAACUAAUGAUAUAUCUGUUAAAAAACAAACAGAAGAAGAAGAAAAGGAAGCAGCAGAACUUAAAAAACGUAAUGAUAUAUCAAAUUAUUAUGUAAAUCAAUUUAAAUCAACAAAUCAUUUAAAUGAAAAUGAUGAAAAACAAAUUGAUGAUAUAGAUAAAUCUGUAGAAAUAAAUCUAGAUGAAGAUGAACCAAUUGAUGAUAAUGAAGAAGAAUCAAUUCAUUCAGGAAAAAUUCCUUCUGAAAGUGAACAAAUACCAAAAACAAAUAAAACAUUUCUUGAAAGAUUAUUAAGUGAGAUAAUGGGUACACCAGAAAAUAAACUUAUUGAAGAAUUCGAUGGAAAAAUUCAAGAAGAAGAAUAUCAUCAAAUUGAGUCAAAUGAAAUUUUAGAAAAAAAUAAUAAAAUUAAUUCCGAUUUAGAAAAUAAAAAAACAACAGAAAAUAUUCAACAUAGUGAUGUUGUUGAUGAUCGACCAGUUAUGGAAAAAGUGCAAUCAUUUUUAACAGAAGUAACUGAAGAAACACAUGUUAUUGCAGGGGCACUUGAUCAAGAUACAUUUGUUAAUCGACGAAGUAGACAAGCAAAAUCUUCAAUACCAUUUGUUGAAGGAUAUCAAAGAUUUUCUCAUGAAAAUGCAACUUAA